AUGGAGAAACGGGUCAAGGUUGAAGGAGAGCUGUCCGAUCUUGAUCAGACGGGGAGUUGCGCCCAUGGCGAGGCAUCUCCGUGGCAGAGAGACUCCGGCGGCAACGGGCGAGACGAGGCAAACCCGAGCGGCGCUGAGGCGGGGAACCGCAACGAGCACCGCGACGACGACCCCUCGCGCGUCGGCCAGAGCCCGCCAGCCGAUAUCCGCCAAGCUGGGCCAACCCUCGUGAAGGAGGCCGCCGCGCCGCUGUGGAAGGAGUUCGAGGCGCUCGGCAUCCACGUCGGCCGCGCCGAGCCCGUGUUCCCUCCGCGACCAGGGUACGGCGCCGAGGGGACGCCGUGCGUCGUCAGGGCCAACCGCUUCCUCGGCCGCCACGUCGACGAGGGCCUGCACCAGUACGACGUGACCAUUUCGCCGGAGCCGACGCCCAAGGCCGCGUACAGGGAGGUCAUGACGAAGCUGGUGUCCGAGAACCAGCACACGGAGCUCGGCGGCCGCUUCCCCGCGUACGACGACCGCGACUCGCUCUUCACCGCGGGCGCGCUGCCGUUCGACACCAAGGAGUUCGAGGUCACCCUCUCUACAGGCGGCGACAAAAAGUACGUAUAA